AUGGAUAGGAGCCAGGCAGCGACCCGCACGUCCCUCUCUCUGUCCGUCUCUGCUGUCACUUGGCCGCCGGUGGCCCCCACACGCACAGCCGGAUGUCAGGCCGCAGGGUUGGCUUCUGUCUCAGCGAUAAGAAACGCAGGAGGAUGAACCUCGACGCUUUUGCGGAGUUCUGUGCGGCCCAUGGAGUGGAGGUGGUGGAGAUCGACCUCACUCAGCCGCUGGUACCCCAGGGACCCUUCGAUGUCAUCGUUCAAAAGCUGUCUGACGUCAUCGUGGAGGCUGAGCACGACAGCCAAUCACAGCAGCUGCUUUCCAACUUCCAGAGCUAUGUGUCAACUCAUCCCAGUACAGUUCUUCUCGACCCCCUGCCUGCAAUGACCCAGCUACUAGACCGCUUUGCCUCCUAUAGGGUCAUGAGCAAGUUGCACAAUUCACUCCGAGACUGGCGUAUCUGCAGUCCUCCUUACCUAGAGAUCCACGGUACCAGUGACCUGUCAUCCAUCCAGCAGGCUGUGAUGGCCCAGGGCCUGAGCUUUCCUCUCAUUUGCAAAACUAGAGUGGCACAUGGCUCACUUUCCCAUGAGAUGUCUCUGAUCUUCAGUGCAGGCAGUCUGGCUGACAUCCAUCCUCCCUGUGUGCUUCAGAGCUUUGUAAACCACGGAGCGGUUUUGCACAAGGUCUUCGUGGUAGGAGACAAACACUUCUGCGUAGAGAGGCCGUCACUCAAGAACUUUCCCUCCGGUCCCUGUGACAGGAAAACCAUCUUCUUCAACAGCCAUCAGGUGUCCAAGCCAGAGUCAAGCUCUGAUCUCACAGCUCUGGAUGAGCAGAUGCCGUGCCUGCCUCCUCCCAGCUCCCAGGCUGUGGCCGCCCUGGUCAGAGAGCUCCGAGUUCAGCUAGGCAUGGCCCUGUUCGGCGUGGACGUCAUCAUCAACAUACACACACACACCCUCACGGUCAUCGACAUCAACAUCUUCCCAGGGUACGAGGGGGUGCCCCAGUUUUUCUCCUCUCUGCUCAGCCACAUCGAGUCAGUAUUGGACAAACAGACCUCUGCUUGCCCCCGGGUUAAUAGCUCUCCUGCUACAACGCAGACUACAAGUGGUCCAUCUGCCUGCCUUUAAGUCCCCUCAGGAGCAGAUCACAGAUUGUGCAGCGCUUCAUCAGCUUCCCAGGACAAAGAAAAAGCCACUGGGACAAGCUUUUGAACUGUUUUGUUGGGACCAAACUCAGCUGCUUUAAAGACUGUGCUUCAAUUCUAAGAAGUUUUUUAUGUGUAAUUUGCAACAAGGCUUGAUUUUAACCUGUAUCCCCUGCAAACCACACUAAUAAUUUUGUGCCUUUAAGUGACUCUAUUUACUAGUCGAUGAACCAGACUGAGGACAAUAUCGAUUUAAUCCACUUUCCGUUUAUUGAUUGACAGGUAGCAUAGAAGAAGAUACAGCAGGCACAAAAUACAGCACUCUGAUUGUUCAGUAAUAUUACGAACGGUUUUUUUCUUAUAUUUUUUAUUUCCUGUUGUUUGAAAUAUCCUCUAUGCCCAACACCUCACCCUCCAACCCCCACAGACAUCUCUUACAUCUUCCUUGCUUGUUUGUAAGAUACAAUUUGUGGAAAAAUUUUGCACUUCUAUAGAAAAAGAAAACUACAGUACAUUCAUUUUUCAUUUAUUCUCACGUGAACAAACAU